AUGGCGGGUCAGCGGCGAGGCGCUGGGCCCCUCUGGGCGCUGGGCGGCGCCGCUCUGGGGGUGUGCCUCGCGGGGGUCGCCGGGCAGCUGGUGGAGCCCAGCACGGCCCCGCCCAAGCCCAAGCCUCCCCCGCUGACCAAGGAGACGGUGGUAUUCUGGGACAUGCGCCUCUGGCACGUGGUGGGCAUCUUCUCGCUCUUCGUGUUGUCCAUCAUUAUCACUCUGUGCUGUGUCUUCAACUGCCGCGUGCCGCGGACCCGGAAGGAGAUUGAGGCCCGGUACCUGCAGCGAAAGGCAGCCAAGAUGUACACGGACAAACUGGAGACUGUGCCGCCCCUCAACGAGCUCACAGAAAUCCCUGGAGAGGAUAAGAAGAAGAAGAAGAAGGAUAGUGUGGACACGGUGGCCAUCAAGGUAGAGGAGGAUGAGAAGAAUGAGGCCAAGAAGAAGAAAGCAGAAAAAUGAGGAGGGCUUCCUGGAGGUGGCAGCUGGGGCUGGUUAGCCCUGGGGCUCGAGUCGUGGCUGGCGUCCAGGCAUCUUGGACCCCAAGUGCACACAUGGACCGCAGCGAUUACAGAACACCCUCUUCUCAGCUCCGACGGGGUGGCAGAGGCCCCAUCUUUGUGGCCUAUCAGGCAGAGGUAGGACUACCUUAGGUGUCCUGCCUCCCAGCAUGGACUCAGCUGCUGUCACCUUACCCAUGUGGCCAAGGUGCCACCGUGUCCCUACAGAUCCAGAUCACACCUACCCGGACAUGCCUCUAUCCCUUCCGCCAGGAACAGCAGCAGUGGCUCACCAGGGGAUGGCUGAACUGGAUGGGCUGGAGUGUGAGGCCAUGCCCAGGCUGGCCACAAGGAGGCAGAGGGUCCCUGGGGGAAGCUUCGGCUCUGACUUGCCAGACAGCAGCCCUGGUGGCCCGGGAACUGCUGUAGGCCCCGCAGGGUUUCUGGCCAGGGUGGUAAACAGACCACCAGAGGCAGGGAACUCCAGCCCAGCAGAUACCCUGUGCGGGGAGUGGGGCUGCUGGGGGCCCGAGCACGAGGCCGGGGGUUGCUCAGGACUGGGGGCUGCAGAAGGUUGAGGCCAGCAGGCCAAAGGGAGAGGGGAAGGAAGAAAGCUGGUACUUGGGGCCCAUCUUGGGGAUCCAGGGAGUCCUGGAGAAGCCCAGGGGAGGCUUGGGCCCUGCUGACAUCCUUUCUCUGUGGUGGGGGUGUCAGGGCCCUCGGGGAUCACCACAGAGGGCAGUUAGGGGCCAGUUGCCACGCCUGUGGAACAGAACAGCACACAGCUUCCUCCUCUACCAUCUCAGCUCUAGUGCCUCGAAGAAUCGCUGCUGCCCAGAAGGGGGGCGGGCAACACCCCUUGGAGACUGAAUCUUUGGGGAGGGGACACUCAGAGGGGCUUCCACAUGGCAGCGAACCUCCGCCGAGGCACUCAGGUCUGGGCCUGGGAGCUAAGGAGACACCAGAGGCUCCUGAGCUGGGGGAGCUGCUGGAAACGGCCUCACUGCCUGCCUCAGCCGCCUGCAGAGACUUGUCAAUAAAGCUG